AUGGAUGAUAAUCCCACUACGGAUGAGAUUGCAGACAUGGCAGCAUUCCACCUUGGGAUUGUCCGGCCGCUCAUGCAGGAAUAUAUUGCUUGGUCUCUCGGCAAUCUAGCCUCGCAGACUGGGACCAGGCCAUAUAAUACGAAACUUAGUACAACGGAAGAGAUGCGGCUGCUGCGGUCCAUGUAUCGCUUUCAGCUCUGGAGUAACCUAUUCCGCAUCUGCCCUGAUACCCAAGACAGACACGGCUCACAACUCGAUGGGCGGAAGUUUAUGGAGCUUCAGUUCUCUUUCUUUGAACCAUGGGAAGUGGAGGAGAUCUUCUGUAUCAAACCCUUCGCAAAGAUGAAAGUUGACCAUAUAUUUUCCAAGAUUCAUCGCGAUGUGUCUCCCGGUCCCCCUGCUAUUCCUGGCCAGCAGCGGUCGAUGCCGGCUGGAUUUUUUGAUUUUGACAAUCCCUUUAAGAGGGAUUGCCUUCUAAAUGGCACAAUAGCCCUGGGCCUCGACUUCCUGCACACGGUUUUAUUCAAAAUCAAGGAUCAUGAUCACCUUGUUUCGACUAUGCGAAAUCACAUCGGACUGGAGACUGUCUGCUUCUUGAACAAUGAUGUCAUAGGAUUAGACGUCCAGAAUAAGCGUCGGAGAAGCAAACCAUCUCUUCGCGAUAGAAAGCAAGGGCGACGGGAUCCUUUACCUUUCCUUGGAGAUGUAGUAGUGAGAGGUACAGACACGACCCAUCCUCCGCUGGCGUGGACCCUUAUAUGGGAAGGCACGUACAGCAGUCUGGUGGGGUACUUUAUAAAGGAUAAGAUACGGAAAUGGGGAUACGUUAUGUGGGAUGCGGCCAGAUUGGAGAAGGCUGGAGCCAAAGAAGUACUGAGACGUCAGUGGGAGUCUGACUGGCUCGGCCAGGAUCCGAGAGAUCUUGCAAUAACAUAA